AUGGAAGUAGAAAACCACACAGAACAUUCAGGAUUUCUCCUUUUGGGCCUCUCAGGGGAUCUCAAGCUGCAGCCCCUUCUCUUUGGGCUGUUCCUGUCCAUGUACCUGGUCACCAUGUUGGGAAACCUGCUCAUCAUUCUGGUAAAAAUACACCUGCACACCCCCAUGUACUUCUUCCUCUCCAUCCUGUCCUUUGUAGACAUCUGUUUUGUCUCCACCACCAUCCCGAAGAUGCUGGUGAACAUCCACACACACAGCAGAGACAUCUCCUAUAGAGGGUGCCUCACUCAGGUGUAUUUUUUUAUGAUCUUUGCUGGUAUGGACAAUUUCCUACUGACCACAAUGGCCUAUGACCGAUAUGUGGCCAUCUGUCACCCCCUGCACUACACGGUCAUCAUGAACCCCCGCCUCUGUGUCCUCCUGGUUCUGAUGUCUUGGUUUGUCAUUAUCUGGGUUGCCUUGGUUCACCUUCUACUAAUGAUGAGGUUGACCUUCUCUCGAGGCACUGAGAUUCCCCAUUUCUUCUGUGAAGUGACGCAGAUUCUCAAGGUGGCCCAAUCUGAUACCCUCAUCAAUAACAUUUACUUGUACGUGACGACUGCUCUGUUAGGGGUGUUUCCUGUUACUGGGAUCCUCUACUCUUAUUCUCAGAUUGUCACCUCCUUAAUGAAGAUGUCCUCCACUUCAAGCAAAUAUAAAGCAUUUUCCACUUGUGGGUCUCACCUCUGCGUGGUCUCCUUAUACUAUGGAACAAGUCUUGUAGAAUACUUGAGUUAUACUGUGACCCACUCUUCCCAGAGGAGUUCCAUUGCCUCAGUGAUGUACACUGUUGUCACCCCCAUGUUGAACCCCUUCAUCUACACCCUGAGGAACAAGGAUGUGAAGGGGGCCCUGGGAAGACUCUUUAGCAGGGCAGUCUCUUGUCCAUGA